CAAGACGAAGAGGAGAUACAAGCAGGAGCUACUUCUGUGCUGAUGCAGAUUAAACCAGUUCCAGUGCAGGCCUUGCUUACCUUCUAUCAUCACUUCUACAUUGCUCUGUGGAGUGGCUCUUACAUCAGUAGUGCCAUGGAAUAUGCAAAGUACCAGAUGCAGAAUGACGCCAGAUUCGGGAGGUAUUGGUGUAAUUUUGUGUUGCUUGGAUUGGACACGUUUGUCAAUCUGCUGGAUGUUAAACAUGACGUGCUGCACCAGACCAUGGAGAAUGCUGAGGAAGACGUGGCUCAAAGCAGCAAACAGGACUGGCUGAAUCCUGCAGUGUAUACCCCUCCAGAUCAAGAAGCCCUUCUACUAGAGAUGCAGAAAAGUCUUGAGGAACUCAUUGUAAAUCAAGGUUCCAUGUCGUCAGUGCUGAAGCUACUCCAUCUGCUAAUGACAGACGCCAUUAAGCGACUGUCUCCCACAAACACAGACAAUGUUACAGUGAAGUUGACUGCAAAUAUCAUUGGAAUCCCAGGAGUAUCUUCCAUGUUAAAUUUACUGGGAUUUCGCUUUCAGUCCCUGGCACCAGAACCUUCCAAAAUGGGAGACAGGAGCUUUUUAUUGGCAUGUGAACAAGCAGCAAUGAGCGAUGUUUUGAAUCAUGCUACACUUCCCGUUUCCCACGCUCACCCUGUGGCUGUAAUUUUCCCGCACUGGAAUCCAGAUAGGCUGCUUGGUAUCGCACAACAAGCCAUUGCAGCUCUGAUUGAUCUCAGUGCCUGCUCUCAGUGUGUGAAUGCCUUGAUCUGGAUUCUGCCACUGACCUGUGAACGACUGGAACAGCUGAUCAAUUUGCUGGAAAAGUGUCAGUCACCACCCACUGUGUGCCCUAAACUGAUGGAGAAAGAGGUGGCAAGCCUUUGGAGUCAGCCCCAUCUCAGAGACUUUCUUCAGGUUAUUGGAUACGAGCAAGCUGGAUGCUACCUGUUCCACAACCCCAGGGACCUCAAUAAAUCAUGAUGCAGGCUCCAUGGCUUACUGUCAACCCAACCUCAGAGGAAGUGCGGGUUAAGCACGACCUGGCAAACAGAUUGAACUCUCUACGUUCUCAACAGCAAGCUGAAGUGCACUGUGUGGAGAUGUGGCACAAGAAAGCUCUGACAGAGCUGGAAAAGAAACCAGAGAAGCAAAGAAUCAAGAGAAAAGACUGCUGUCCAAAGAAAGUCAAGGUGAAAGGGCCCAGGACCCCCAGUACGGUCCAGAUCCCCUUCGACACGUCUACAGCAAUGCCGCAGAAUGUGGCACUGCGUUCAUCUGCACAGGAGAUCAUCAAGGAGCAGGAGGAGAAUGUGCGGCGUCGGCACCGAGCUGCAGUCAAAGACCUUUUCCUACCUUUUAUUGAGCCUUUGCCUUGACACUGCGUGUGUGUUACUCUGUGCUUAUCCAGCCUGCACGCAGUGCUGAUAUAUGUCAGGAUCUCUCUGAAGAGGAACAAACCCAUAUCUCAAUCAAACAGAGACUGGGGACAUCUCUCAGAUUCCAGCAUGUCACAGACACUGACAUCAAAUGAUCUGACCAUUUGAAUAAAUUUAGCAACUAAUUCUACAACCUAUAGUGGUCUCCCUCAAUGACUGAAUCAGUAGCAUAGUAGAUGUACAGGGUUGGAGUGGAGGCUGCCUGCUGCUUGGGUUAUCAAUGACUGGCAGAGUACUAAUUGUGUGUACUAUGUGGGAUGGGACUCACACACAGGAGACUUGAAUAUUUGAUUUGAUUC